AUGUUUGGCUCAAACACCGAGGAAACACGUUUUUUUCGUUAAUCGUCGUCGUCGCUGGAGGCGACGACGAACCAGGCAUUAUAUUAUGCUUCCUUUCAAUUUCGUCGCUACUACCCUGCACAAUCCGCUCAUCUAAUCAACCUCCGAAUAUCUCAAGAAUACCCGAACCCUCAAAUUAUGAAACAUUCACCUCCGCCAGUAAUACCGACAACGACGUGGCUGCCAGCGCUACUCUCCCAUGUACCACUCAUCUCUAUGGCAGCUGGUGCUGUCUUUUUGCAAGUUUUGCGAUCGCUUUGGCCGGAUUCCUACUAUUUCACCAUAAAAUCUCUCACCUAUUGGCAUGGGUCACGCGAAUGACGGGAUCGUCUGGGGGUGCCGUUGCUCAAGAACAAGGGAAGGAAUGCGAGUUUUCGGGAGCCGGUGGGGAUACAAUCAAGAGGUCCCAAAUAUCCUCACAAAUCCCUAGUGCUACGAAGAACUUAGUUCCGGAAGAUGUGCAGCUACGUUGCGAAGAGUGGCUGGGUCAUCUGGAUAGUCCAGAGCAGCACAGUGCCUCAACAGGGAGUCGCAUUAUUCGCAAAGGUGAACUCGUUGCCUGGGCUAAGGAAUUCCGCAAACGUUACCCAACACGCCCUCACUCUCCUCAAACAGCAACGGAGGACCUGUAAACGAGCAGAUUCAACGAUUGGAGUGGAGUUUCAACAGAGGGAAAGGAAGCACAGUCCCUUGUUGACGUUUUUUUCUUGUCUUCUUGCCUUUACAUACAAUAAAAGUAAUAUCUUGUCAGUACAGUAAGAGUACAUGGUCUCAUAGCAAGAGGCUAAUACAAUUCUUUGCUACACUC